AUGGCUCAUGCUGAAAAAGUGAAAAGGAACAAGUUACAUCGCCAAACCGCGAUUAAUCGUCUCAAUGAACUCAACACUCUUGCAUUAGCAUCAAUAGAUCAUGUACCAUGGCGCCUUGAGUUUCAAAUGCGCAUGGAAAGCAUUAAUGAUAUUCAAAAUGAAUUUUUUAAAUUACAUAAUGCCAUUAUUGGCUUAAUUGAGGACGUCGAUGAUGCAUUCAAAGUGGAAGACGAAGUAAGAAAAAAUUUUGAAACAACUUUUUAUCAUGUCAAGUCCGUUUAUCACAAGAUUUUUGUCUCAUCAUCGACAGCUUCAACUGAGGCUAGUACAAGUGCUAAAAUCAAACUUCCAAAAAUCGAAUUACCUACCUUUUCAGGAGACAUCAUCACUUUUACACCCUAUAUCGAAAUGUAUCAAUCACUUAUUCAUAGAUCCGCAGAGCUAACUAACAUUGAAAAAUUUAAUUAUUUAUUAGCAUCUCUCAAAGGUGAAGCUUUAGCAUUUAUUCAGCAUAUUCCUGUUACAUCGGACAAUUAUACAGUAGCAUAUAAUGCCUUAAUACAAAGGUAUCAAAACAAUCGACUAAUUCUCAAUGCACAUUGGCAAUAUCUGGAUAAAGCCAAAAGAGUUAAUGCUGAUAGUCCUCAAGAUAUCCGCGAUCUUAUUGAUAACUUUGCCAAAAAUGUUCAAGCUAUUAAAAAUUUUACAUUACCUGUAGAUUUAUCCGAUUUUCUUUUAUUUUCUUUGAUGAUUAAAAAAAUAGAAUCAACAUUAGUGACACGUUUUGAACUUCAUCAUAAUUCUUCGGAUAUUCCUACCUACGCACAACUUGUAAAGUUUUUAGAACAACAAUGGAGUGCCUUAGAAAAUGCCAAUACAAUUCCCAAACCUCGCUCAAAAAAAGUUGAGUCUUAUAAUAAAAAUAAAUUCAAGUCAACUAAUCCCACCACUUCCUUCCUUCAAAACUCAACUCCCAUUCAAUGUAGCAUUUGUAAUAAUGGACAUUUAAUUUACAAAUGCUCUGAAUUCAUUUCUAAGUCUCCCAAUGAACGUUAUAAUAUAGCAAAAUCAAAACGCCUUUGCUUAAAUUGCUUAAGCAAAUUUCAUUCCACUAUCAAUUGUAACUCAAGUCAAAACUGCCACAAGUGCAGUCAAAAACAUCAUACACUUCUGCAUUUUGACAGCUCUAACAAUUCACCCUCAUCUUCAGAAACGCAACCUACCACCACUACGUUGAUUUCUCAAAAUCCUAACAAUAUUUCUCGCUUACAUAAAUCGUCGUGUGUAUCCAACACAGUCCUGCUUUCUACUGCAAGAAUCGCAGUACUUUCUUCAAGAGGAUUUCCUCAAAUCUUUCGAGUUCUAUUAGACUCCGCAUCGCAAAGCUCUUUCAUUACUAGCAAAGCUUUUCACAAGUUAGGACUCCCUAAGAAACGAACUAGCAUACUGGUUCAUGGAUUAGGAUCAACUUCUACUCGAACCCCGCACGGUGCAACUACCGUUUCCAUACGACCCACUGAUAAAACAUUUCCCGAAAUACAAGUCGACGCUUACAUUUUACCAAAAAUUUGUGAUCCUCUGCCAUCAACUCAUAUUUCUUCUCAACACUGGUCACACAUAAAAUCAAAUUUACCUCUCGCAGAUCCAGAAUUUGCCAGUCCUGGUCAUAUCGACAUGUUACUCGGAGCUGAUGUUUUUCCAGUCUUUUCCUGGGAAAUAAAAUUUCUGGUCAUCUUGGUGAACCAGACGCAAUUCAAACUAUCUUUGGUUAUGUAUUUAUGGGCCCAGUUACUACCCUUCGUGAGUCUCCUAUUCGCACCUUUGUCAUGA